AAAAACAUUUUAAAUUCCGAAUUCGAAACUGACAAUUGUCAAAUGUCUUAAUGAAAAUAACCUCACUUAUUAUGAUGCAAUCGACAUUAUUUACUUUUGAAGCGAUGUUAUUCAAGUGAAUUGAGUGACUAUUGUUAAAUAAUACUGUGAUAAAGCUGCCUGAGAUGGGUGCUUUAAUGACAAAAGCUUUGCGACCUAUCAAGUCAUUCAACAUUGAGAACCGCGCGCAUCGAGUUAUUUCAAAAGACAAACCAGUCCCGGCUCCGAGAUACCCCGAUAAUAUCGAAGAUUUAAAGCGAACACUCGAAUUAAACCCUGAUAUCGAUGAAAAGCUAGAUAAAAAAGAUGAAGGACUCGAUAUAAGAUUAAAAGACGUUUAUGUAACCUCACACGGAAGACCUGAAGUGGACGUUACGGAGGAGUUGAGAUUAAAAGCUAAAAGUAAGCGCGCCUUGCCCCUGGACCGUACCGUGCCGCCUGAAUAUGAUUUUGGUUUUAAAGAACCAGAGAAAGUGACCUAUGGAAGAACUACACUCAGAGAUGCAAUUAACUUUAUAUCUGCACAUCAAACGAGCCCAAACGAAGUAACAGCUAGUAAAAUAGCAUUAGAAUACAAAUUAAAGGAAGAGGAUGUAGAGAGUGUUCUCAAAUAUUUCAAGACUUAUGAAGUAUAUUUACCAGAAACUAAGAAGACUCCGGAAAUGUUUGUUGGACCGGCGGCCAUGAGGAAGCAGCUGUACAAACUUGAUACUAAGGAAAUAGAGGAUAAAAAGGACUCAGUAGUAGCAAAUACAGAAAGGUCAAAGGAUACAGCUUAACUAUUUAUAAACGGUGGUUAUAAUUUAUGUAGAAUGACCUCACAAUGAUUGCAAAGAAUAACAUAAUGCUUAUUUAUUCUCAAAAGAGUGGCCAGUCAUCAGCGUUUAUAAAUAUUUUUUUCCAUUAUUAUUUGGAUGGAUAUUUAAAUAGUAUAAAACUUCACAUGGAUUAAAGUUGUUGCUAGUUAUUUUUUUGCCACUCAAUGCUGUUCAUGAAUUCAAGAUAUAUUAUUAUAAAUACAUUGGGGUCUGUUGUACAAUUUUUAGUUAAUUUCAAACAAAUUUGUAUUAAGAUAAGCUCUUAUUUAUUAUGUUUUAGCAGCACUUACUUAUAGUCUAUGAAGUAAUAUUAUAUUUAGAUAUUGUUACCAAUAUCAAAGGCAUGUGAUUUAGAUUUUAGAACAGAGUAAAUAAAAUGUUUUUGUUA